AUGGUAGAACCACUUACGGAGAUGACAAAAAAAGGUGUGGGAUUCGUUUGGAAUGAGAAGGCGGAGCAAGCCUUCCAAGAAAUCAAGGAUAGAUUCACCAGGGAACCCAUAUUGUAUAACUAUCAUGACGAUCGGGAGAGUAUCAUCGAGACGGAUGCCUCCGAUACCUGUGUAGCAGGAGUCCAUCUCCAGAGAGACGACAACGGGAAACUGCACCCAGUCGCUUAUUAUUCUAGCAAAAUGGAUAAAACAGAACAAAAUUACAACAUCUAUGAGAAGGAACUUAUGGCUAUAGUCAAGUCACUGAAACAUUGGAGGAUCUACCUCCAAGGGGCUAAAUUCCCAGUAAUCAUCCACACUGAUCACAUGAACCUACGAACCUUUACUACCACUAAGGUCCUGGAUAAUCGUAGAUUAGCUCGAUGGGCUGAGGAAUUGGCCAGUUUUGAUUUGAUAAUCAAGCAUGUCAAAGGCAAAGAUAAUGCAAGAGCAGACGCGCUGAGUAGGCCACCAGGUUACGAGGAUGAUAAGACCUACCAAGAGACGGCAAUCCUGAAGGCAUUACCAAAUGGGGAUCUCGUUCCGAAUCUAACGGAAAUCGCCGUUUUAGAAAAUAAACCAACGGAAGUCUGGAGAAACAAACUCAUAAGGGCACAACAGAACAAGGAAGGUGUCAAAUGGCCUGAGCCGCCAGUGACCGUUGACGGAUUGAUACGAGUAGUAGGGAAAAUAUGGCUACCAAGUAGCAUUGCUCCCGAAUUCAUCGAGGAGCAGCAUGCGUUGCCAGCUCAUGGACAUCAAGGAGUACGAAGGACGUACUUAAGAAUUAAAAGACAGUAUUGGAGUCCGGGACUCCGAACCAUGGUCAAUAAAGUGGUCACCGAGUGUGAUACCUGUAUUAGGAACAAGGCUUCCCACCAUGCCCCCUACGGACAGAUGCACACAACCGAAAUACCACCAUCACCAUGGAAAUCAAUAUCAUGGGAUUUCAUAGGACCAUUACCUAAAUCCAAGGAUCCAACGACAGGAGUAGAAUACGAUUACCUUCUAGUUAUCAUAGACCGGUUAACCAAAUACAUGAUAUUAGUACCAUGCAAAACCACUUUAACUGCAGAAACCCUAGCAGCUAUAUUCCUUAAAGAGGUCAUUGCAGUACAUGGAUUACCAGAGGAGAUACUCUCAGAUAGGGAUAAACUCUUCACAUCAAAAUUCUGGUCCGCCUUAGUAGCACUACUAGGCGUAAAAAGGAAAAUGUCUACAGCAUUCCACCCACAAACAAAUGGAGGAAAUGAAAGAGUAAACCAGGUUGUUGAAGCUUACCUUCGCUGCUAUGUGAAUUACCAACAGAACAACUGGGUAGGACUACUACCCUUAGCACAAUUCGCAUACAAUAGUUCCGCUUCAGAAACAACACAAGUCACCCCGAACUACGCCAACUUUGGGUACGAACUGGUCGCAUAUCGAGAACCUGGCAUUCCAGAAGUAGAAAACCAAUCCGCCAUGGUACAAACAGAGAGACUCAAAGAAGUUCACAAGGAACUCGCAGCCGAACUUAAGUUCGUUGCUGAAAGGAACGCUCAUUACUACAACAAAAAGCGUAGUCAGGAGCCAACGCUAAAAGAGGGGGAUAAAGUCUAUUUACUUCGAAAGAAUAUCGAAACUAAGAGACCAAGUGCGAAACUGGACCAUAAAAAACUAGGACCAUUCAAAAUCAAGAAAGUUAAAGGACCCUUGAAUUAUGAAUUGGCGCUACCAAAGAAUAUGAACAUCCAUCCAGUAUUCCAUAUAUCCUUGCUCGAACUAGCACCACCAGGGGCACCUAAAGCCCCUGAAACAGAAAUCAUAUCCACAGACCAGAACGCCGAGUACGAGGUGGAGAAUAUACUAGAUUGCAAAUAUAUUAGAGGCAAGGUCAAAUAUUUGGUGAAAUGGGAAGAUUACCCGGACUCCGAGAACACGUGGGAACUGGAAAAAGACCUCAAGCACCUUGAGAAGUUUGAGGAGUUUCGCCGACAGAAUCCGAAUUUGCCCAGAAAGAAGGGGGGUUCAACGCGGCCUGCACGGAAGGAGAAUUCAUCGCACUCAGUAAAGAAGGGUCGAAAGAGUCGAAACCAGUCGUAG